AUGAUCCCUCUCCGUUCCUCGUUGUUGAGGCCCGGAGCAGCUUCUCGAGACCCUGCGCGCCUGCUCUGUUCGCAAUGUCUACACCGUGCUGUGCGCCCGCGCCGCCCCUCCGUCCGGGCCUUCAUCUCCUCGUCCCGCUUGCGAUCCGGUGUCGCUCAUGACAAUUCCCCUUCAUCUACGCUGCAGAAGACUUACUUCUCGGGGAACCGGACAGUUGAUGAUGCGACGUUCAUGAGUAAUGGAAAUUUAUUGGACUCGUUGUCGACAGCCAAUCCCUCUGCUUCACCCGCCAACACUCGUGCGGCGUCCUCGUCAUCCAGCGAUGCCACCAUACAAUCAAAUCCAGAGGAAUUGCCUCACAGACGGAGGAAAAGAUUAAAAGAAGAGGCGACUGGGAACAAUUCCACAGAACAUGUUAUUCCGCCAGAUGCAUCCGCGCAACUCUCGUCCUUUUCCUCCGCUCUUCCUACUACCUCUCUCCGCCGCAAAAUGGCCGCUUUUCUCGCCCUCACCAAACCCCGUCUCUCGGUCCUGAUCGUCCUAACUACGACUUCCGCGUACGGCAUGUAUCCUAUAUCGACACUCCUUACACUCGACCCGUCCAUUGCCCCACUCCCGACUCUUUCCACCUCCACAUUGACCUUCCUCUAUCUGACUACGGGCACCUUCCUCUCUUCCUGUAGUGCCAACACGUUGAACAUGAUGUUCGAGCCGCAAUACGAUGCGCAAAUGUCCCGGACGAAAAACCGGCCAUUGGUUCGAGGCCUCCUCUCCCGCCGUGCAGCCCUUCUCUUUGCGAUCGCCACGGCCGCCUCGGGGCUUGGUCUGCUGUACAUUGGAACCAACCCGACUGUGACGGCACUUUCGGCUUUUAACAUCUUCCUAUAUGCUUUCGUCUACACCCCGCUGAAACGGAUGCAUGUGAUCAACACCUGGGUGGGAGCCAUUGUCGGAGGAAUUCCUCCAUUGAUGGGCUGGGUUGCCGCGGCUGGCCAGACGGCAACCAUGGGCCACGACACCUGGCGCGACAUGCUUCUCAGUGAAGAUAGUAUUGGUGGAUGGCUUCUGGGUGGUAUCUUGUUCGCCUGGCAAUUCCCACACUUUAAUGCGCUCUCCCACACGAUUCGCGAAGAGUACAGGGCGGCUGGAUAUAAGAUGCUUGCUUGGACCAACCCCGCCCGGAACGCACGUGUUGCCCUUCGGUACUCGGUUCUUAUGUUCCCCAUCUCCAUCGGGCUCUGGUGGGUUGGUGUGGUUGGUCAUGGGUUCCUGGUUGGCAGCACGGUGGCCAAUGGAUGGCUGGUGAAGGAAGCAUAUCGGUUCUGGAAGCAACAGGGUGCCAACGGGACAGCGCGAGGUCUGUUCUGGGCUAGUAUCUGGCAACUUCCUAUCCUUCUGGUCGGAGGUCUAUUGACGAAGAAGGGUCUUUGGGAUGGUGUUUGGAAUCAGAUCUUUGGCCAACCUCUUGAUGAUGAAGAUGAUUAUCUCUACUAUGAUGCUGAAGAGGAGGAGCUUGAGACGAGUGACAGUGGCGCAGUGUCUGCAGGGUCGAAUUCUUCAUCAAGAUAG